AUGGGCGCGGACGCGCAAGAUGGCAAGCGGGGCUGGGUGUACAGGGGCAGUUCAGUGGUGGACUUCAUGUUCAACAAGCGCUACUGCGUCUUGUACAAGGACUCGCUGGCGACGUUCCGCGAAACGAAUGAUAAGGCACCGAGCAAGGUCUGGCCGCUCGAGCCAUGCGUGGAAGUCGAGGGCCCGUUCCAGAAGGACAGCAUGGUGAAGGCUGGGAGAUCCUCCACCUUGGGUUCGCUCGCGUUCCGCAACUACGAGCGCCGCCCGCUGUGGAUCGUCCGCGUCAAGUGGCCACGGGGCAGCGCGGCCGGGCCGUUCACGCUCACGUUCGGCGUCGACGGGGAAGCAGAAGCGACGGAGUGGGCCACCAUCCUCCGCGCCACGGCCGAGAAGUCCCCCGUGAAGCCGCCAGGCUCCUUCCGCUUCCCGCCCAUGUCGCGCGGAGCCUACCGGCGCCUCAACUCCAUGGGCGGCGCGUCCGACGUGCCCUCCGCGACGCCCCCGGGCGCACCGCCCGUGCGCACCAACCUUCCCACCACCCCCGCGCGCCACGGGCGCGCGCCGAGCGCGUUCACGGGCGCCGCCGGGAGCCAGUCGAGCGUCGACGUCGACGGCAUCAUGUACCAGGACGUCGACCUCCCGGACUUCGACCACGACGACGAUGCGAUGUACGCCACUGGCGGCGCGAAGUGGGCCUCAAUCCGGCACGUGCACGGCAUCAACAUCUACCACGAGGAGUCCGACGGACUCGGCGAGGGGUCCGCGAGCGAGGUCGGCGGCGCGUACAUGGUGUCGGUGGUGGUCCGCGGGGAGCCGCACGCGUGCUUCGCGUCCCUGAUGGAGACGGGGCAGAUGCAGCGCACGGCGCACCUGCCGCUGGUGAACCUCUGCGUGCUGUCCGUCGUGGACGCGCAGUCGCAGAUUCUGUCCGGGCAGCUCCUCCCGCCGGGGUCCCUCCUCGCGAGCGUCGCGCGGCCGCGGUGCGCGGUCGUCCAGCGCACGUGGCGGCAGGAGGCCGACGGGACGUACGUGGUGCUGUUCACCGCGGUGGACCCGACCGCGUCGGACUACGGCAGCGCGAGCGACGACGACGAGGCGAACGCCGCGGGGCACGAGCCGCCGUCGUUCCACGCCAACGUGCGCGGCGCGACGGGCAAGAGUCCGGAGGACCCCGAGGAGCGCAGCGCGUUCGCGCGGUGGGCGACGCAGUUCGGGCAGGGCGACAGCGCGACGCAGACGGGCGUUCCGGCGGACUACUUCGCGCUCGGGUACACGAUCGCGCCGCUCAAGGACCGGUAUCUGUCGAAGGAUGGUAUCAGCACAGAAAGCCUUGUCACGAUGGUUCUCAAGGUGGACCUGGGCGGGUGGAUGGGCGCGACCUCGCGGCUGUGCCGCUGGGCGCCCGGGAUGAUGCAGCGCGUCGAGGCCAUGUGGGCGGAGCCCCUCCUCCUGUCCAUUCUGUCCCUCAGGGACCGUGUGGAACAAGAUCGCUUCGUGAUUCUGCCCUUCCGGCGGGACUACCGCGAGGCGCGGAAGGAGUACGAGCCGCUGUACCGCACGGUGUCGCUCACGCACCUCAACCUGACCGACGUGACGGACCCGGCGCUCUCGACGAACCCCAACGCUGCCACCAACCCUCUGACGCGCGGCGCGAGCCGCUCCGGCACGAUGUACCUGUCCGAGGCCGACGAGGAGCAGGUGCGCAAGGAGGCGCACGCGAUCGCGGACAAGGUCGGCGUGUCCGAGCUCCCCGCGGUGCAGGAGCACGCCGCGCUGCCGCGGGUCUCGAGCAAAGAUUCCAUGGCGUCCGCGAACUCGCGGCAAGCGAGCAUGGACUCGGCGGGCGCGCCACCGGCCGGGACGGGGGCGAAGGAGUUUCCCUUCGAGGUGCUCGAGCCGCGGGAACACGCGAGCUGCCCGCACGAGAUGUGGUCGUCGCCAGAGAGCCUGCCCUGGCGCGUGCGCGGCGCCAACUACCUCAGGGACAAGAAGAAGUACCCGGCGGGCCAGUCGAUGUUCGAGCUCGUGUGCGUGGACGUCUUCGAGUGUCCGCAGCCCACGCAGCACGUCGCGCGGUUCCUCAAGUGGCUGCCCACCAACACCUUCGAAUACCUUCUGAUCGUCAACAUCCUCGUCCCGCUGCGCCCGAAGCCCCUCGCGCUCACCAUGUCGUUCGCGUGCAAGCGCCCCGAGGUCCUCGACCAGGCCACCACCUUCGGCGCGCUCUUCCACUCGUUCGCCGAGGGCGACGCCGAGGCGCGCAACAAGAAGUUCAAACUCAUUCCGAACGUGCCCCAGGGCAGCUGGAUCAUCAAGCAGGCCGUGGGGUCCACGCCCGUCCUGCUCGGGCGCAAGGUCACCACGCACUACUACCGCGGGCCAAACUACCUUGAGGUGUGCGUGGACGUCACGUCGAGCUCGGCCGCGAACACGGCGGUGCGGCUGGUGCAGAACGCGACCAAGUCGCUCAUGAUCGACAUGGCCGUGCUGAUCGAGGGCCAGUCGGACGACGAGCUGCCCGAGAAGAUCAUCGGGCACGCGCGCUUUGACCGGCUCGACCUGCGGCAGAACCUGACGAUCGACCCGACGGACGAGUCGCUCAUGUGGGACGCGGAGGAGUACCUGAAGAACAGGGAGUACCUGCUCCGGGAGCACGGCAUCGGGAAAACGGCGCCCAAGGCCAUCUUGCCAGAGUCGUAUCAGGAUGAUUCGAAGAAGAAGAAGUGA